AUGAGCCGACAGUGCUUCAGCUCCAGGUCUCUCAACGGAAGAUGGGCUCGGCCAGCGGGCUCAGCCAUCAGCAGGGGAUUUCAUGGAGGCAACAGCCUGUCCUCCAUCUGCUACACCGGAGCGGGCAAAUGCGGUGGCUACAGCAGCAUCAGUCACUACAACACUGGCCGUAGCAGGAGACUCGCUGGAGGAAGCCUUGGAGGAUACGGAGGAAGCAGUGGUGGAUACAGCACGGGCUUUAGGGAUUAUAGCAGCUUGGGCUUUGGCUCCGGGCCCUUUGGCUAUGGAAUGGGGCCUGUGGGCUACGGUGCUGGAGUCGCACGGCCCGGGGGCUUUGGCAGCCCCAGGGAGGGAGGCUAUGAGCAAGCCGGAGAGGCCGGCAGUCAAAGCCCGGAAGGCCACGGCAGUGGAUGGGGGGGUGGCUCCGGAGGCAGCGGCUUCAGCAGCCAGAGUCUCGGUGGCGGCUGUGGCAGGGGCUGUCAGACUGCAGGCUUCAGCAGCCGAAGCCUGGGCGGUGGCCUGUCCGGUGGCAGGGGUCUGAUCUGCGGCGGCUGGGGGUACGCGCCCAUGGGCCGCACCGGCGAAGGCAGGGGGAUUCACGCGGUCAGAGUCGACGCAAACCUUUUGCGGCCCCUUUGCAUUCAGAUCGACCCGGAGAUCUCUCGAGUGAAAGAGGCAGAGCGAGAGGAGAUCAAAACGCUCAAUGACAAGUUUGCUGGGUUCAUUGAUAAGGUGCGGCACGUGGAGCAGCAGAACAAGCUUUUGGAGACCAAGUGGAACUGCCUGCAACAGCAGGCCCCCAAGGAGAAGAAGACCCUGGACCAUCUGUUCACUAAUUACCUGGGAGUCCUGCAGAGACAGCUGGAUCGCUUGUUGAAUGACAGGGAACAACUGCAACUGGAAAAAACUAAAUUUCAGGAGAUGGUUGAAGACUACAAAUGCAAGUAUGAAGCUGUGAUCAACCGGCGUGUGGCUGCGGAAAACGAAUUUGUGGUGCUGAAGAAGGAUGUGGACUGUGCCUACAGUAACAAAGUGGAGUUGGAGGUGAAGGUGGAAGCCCUGAGAAAGGAGUUAGACUUUCUCAGAUGUGUCCAUGAAGCGGAACUGGAAAGCUUGCAGACCACGACGGAGGACACAAAUGUUAUCGUGUCCAUGGACAACAGUCGGGAGCUGGACAUGGAGGGCAUCAUUGACUCUGUGAGGUGUCAGUAUGAGGAGAUUGCCCAGAGAAGCAAGGACGAGGUCAACAGCCUCUAUGAAAGCAAGUAUCAAGAGCUGCAGAGCAUGUGGGGACGCCAGUGCAAGGACUUGUGCGGCUGCCGCCGGGAGAUCCAAGACCUGACCCGCCUCAUCCAAAGGCUCAAGGGUGACAUGGAAACCACCAAGAAGCAGAUCGACCUGAUCCAGACCUCUAUUGCUGACAAUGAGCAGCGUGGCGAGUGUGCCUUGAAGGACGCCAAGGCGAAACUCACUGAGAUGGAGAAUGCCCUGCAGUCCGCGAAGGACGAGCUUGCUUGCCUGCUGAGGGACUACCAGAAAAUGCUCAAUGUUAAGAUGGGCCUGGAUAUUGAGAUCGAGAUGUACAGGUCCCUUCUGGAAGGGGAAGAGAGCAGGUUAUACAAUUCUACUCCUGUUAACAUAUCUGUGGUGGGUUGCCCCAACAUCUCUGUUCCUGCUGGACCCUCGGGCAGUGACACCUUGGGGGGAUCUGGAUUUGGAAGGAGCUGCACCUACGGAAACAUCAGAAGAAGCGCAAGAUUCAGCUCCAAGAGCGGAAAGCUUCCUUACAAAACUGGAUAUAGUUCUAGGAGUGGAGGACAGCUUUCUAGAUGCCCCACGAGCUCUGGGUUUGGGCAAUGUGGUGUCAAUGCUGCGGUCCCCUGUGAACCUAUAGAUUGUGGCCCAGUUGACGUGGGGUGUGCUGGAGGGGGAGGGUAUAGUUCUCGGAGCAGAAGCAUGAUUGUCUUCCCCAGGGAGUUCACUUUCUCAUGA